AUGUCCAUCAAAACAGUUGCCGUCGUUGGUGCAUCCGGCCUCGUUGGUCUGCGAGUCGUCAAAGCCCUCCUGGAAAAGGGAUUUGAAGUAACGGCUAUCUCCCGCGAAGCUUCCACCGCAACAUUCCCAUCUGGCGUCGCCGUCCGCAAGGCAGACCUGUCGUCUGUUGAGUCCCUCACGGCCGCCUUCGCAGGUCAGGAUGCCGUCAUCUCUGCCAUCUCCACUGUCGCUGUCAUCGUCCCUGGUUCACAAGACCCGCUCAUCGAUGCGGCUAUCGCUGCCGGUGUGAAGCGCUUCAUCCCGUCCGAGUAUGGCCUCAACACGCGCACCUUGGAGGGCGAGAUCCUUGGCGACUGGCUCAAGUCCAAAACGGCCGCUGUCGACUAUUUGAUCGAGAAAGCGGAGGCUAACCCAAGCUUCACCUGGACUGGUAUUGGAACAAGUCUUUUCUUCGACUGGAGCAUCACCCGAGGAAUCUACGGUAUUUCACUCGAGAACAAGAGCAUCACAAUCUUCGACUCCGGAAACCAAAAGGUCUCGGCGACGUCGCUUGCUUUCCUCGCUAAGGGCAUUAUCGCGGUGCUGCAACACCCCGCCGAAACCGCUAACAAGCCUUAG